AUGUUCCAAAAGGGAUCUGCGCUCGGGCGCCCGCCCUUGGGCGGCGGCUGCGUCCGUCCCCGUCGAGGCCUCAACGGCCGAACGCUGCGAAUCGCCUGUGCCCUGAAGCCGGAGGACGCGCAGAAGCGGAAGGAUGGCAAGGCGGCCGGCAGGGCGCCUCGCGACGGUGACGCCCAACCGGGGAGCAGCACCUCUGAGCCUGUGGUACCAGAAGUGUUAGAACCAUCCACAAGUGGACGCCCAGGGCAGGGAACCAAUGGAGUCACCAUCGAAGCCGAUUUUGAAGACACUUUGGAUGGUCCUGCUGCGCGCCGUGCAGCCAUCAUUAUGGAAAUUGUGAAUGCUGGAGGAGAGAUAGAGGACAAGAUCAAACAGCACAACGAUGAAAUUGAUGAGGAGUUGUUGGAUCUUCUGUUCAAAAGGAUACAGUUGGCACGUGAGUAUGGGGAGUCAAUGGAGUCUAUCGAGGGCCUGAUGACAAUUUGGAGGCGCUUGCGCGCUGAGUGCGAUCGCAAGAACUCCACACCAGCGAUGCGCCUGCUGGAUGAAGCCCUGUCCUUGAUAUCGGCUGAUAUGGGGGGAAGCCGAGAGGACCGGUUGGAGAUGGUGUCUGACCGACUGGAAGCUGCAUUCACUGGCCCACAGUCGCUCCCCGUUGACAUCUUUGGGGUUGCUGCAUCCCUGGCAGAGGGGGAAGAGCCCCCUGAGGAACUUGUGCAGGAGUGUGUGGCCCAGGAUGCGUUUGUCAAGGAAGUGGAGGCACUCCUGGAUACUGCCAAGAAAGAGUGGCAAGAAAUGGAGAGAGUGCUGCAAAGAAUGAAGGCAGACCUGGAGACCAAUGGCUUAAGCGGUGACGACAGGAGGGCACUUGAGCAGGAGGUGGACCGACUGAGCAAGGCAGCUAUCGAUCAGGAAGUCGCGCUGAUGGAUGUUGAGGAGAUUGUUGGGUGUGCCAGAGAUGUUCUGGUCUGGCCUCCCAGGGCCGACUAG